AUGUCGUUCCCUUCAACCGAUCCAAACAACACUAAUGUUGUUGUAACUAGUUACAAUAAUAUCCCAUAUCCACAUUUCACUUCUCAUCCACCUAAUUCCUCCUUCAUUUUCUCUCCCGACACCACCCAUCACCACCACCAGAGCGGUGGUCAGGUCGUGUCAGCUCCCCUCACUUGUUGCCCACCUAAGAGGUUAACACCGGUGAGGGGAGAUCGACACAGCAAGAUCCGGACAGCUCAGGGUCUGAGGGAUCGAAGGGUAAGAUUGUCUAUUGGCAUAGCAAGAAAGUUCUUUGAUCUUCAAGACCUUCUAGGUUUUGACAAAGCCAGCAAAACCCUAGAUUGGCUUUUAGGUCAAUCUGAGACUGCGAUUCAUGAACUGGAAAGGACGAAAAACCCAGUUAGAGUUACCCUGAACAUGGAGGAGGAGGAGCUGCUGGCCGGAGGACAGCAACGGAGGAGGGAGAUGGCAAGAGCAAGAGCUAGAGAGAGAACCAGAGAAAAAAGGAUUAAUAAACUGGUCACAAGUGAAGAAGAUGAAGAGGAAGAGUUUGAUCCAGGACAUCAUUUUGGUCAGAUCGGAUCUGACCCUAAAUUUGUGUCUUCACAUGAUCAUGAAAAGGGUCAUGACCUAACUACUUCAAAAGAUGAUAUUGUUAUAUCUCCAAACUCUCCUCUUCUCAUCAGUUGGGAUCUUGGAACAGCUUUCUCACAAAAUCAAGCUUUUCUAUUGUGA